CCAUCCCAGGCUCCUUCUCCCUCGCCCCCGCCCGCCUCGGCGGCAGGAGAAGCAGUUAGCAACAAGCUGCAGUCAUUGCCCGGAGCUGGGGCUCUAGCUGGGAGCCAGACUCGCGGAGCUUAGCUUCGAGUUCUGUGCUCCCCAGGCAGCUCCACUUCCCUUUCUUCCCCGGGGCCCUUUUCCACCUCCCGUCAAACCACUCCCCCCUUCCCUGCCCCUCCCUGCGUCAUUCUGGACUCACCCACUCCCCAGCCCGUCCCCGCCUCCCCACACCUUUGACUGACCGACUACCAGCUCGGUUACCGGGCUUCGCCCUCUUCCCCCCUGCCCAGCCCCGGUCUGGCUCUUCUUCUCGAUCCACGCGUCUGGCCUCGCGCUCCGGGCUUCGAUCUCCACGCGCGAACCUUUUCCCCGUCUGGCACCGCUCCUAUAGCCCGGCGCCACCUCCCUUCAUGACACCCGGCUGAGGGUCGGCGAUGGAGGGAGAUUGUGUUGAGUCGCUGCCAGACGCGGAGGCAGGGGCGGGGGCGGGGGCGGACGUCGGCUCGACCUCCUCCGACUGCCAGAGCCCGAGGUUCCCUCUUCCAGGAGCCUGAGGGGAUGAAGGCAACCAUUAAGAAUAUUGAACGAGAGCUCAUCUGCCCAGCAUGCAAGGAGCUAUUUACCCAUCCGUUGAUCCUUCCCUGUCAGCACAGUAUCUGUCAUAAAUGUGUUAAAGAAAUUCUUUUACUGACAUUUGAUGAUUCAUUUAAUGAUGUGGCAUCAGAGAGCUCCUGUCAAAGUAGCCCUCGGCUUCGGGUCCAGUCUCCUAGUAUGGAUAAAAUUGACAGAAUUAACAGAGCAGGACUGAUCAAUUAUUCAGGCUGGAAACGCAACUCAUUGACUCCUAGGACGACUACUUUUCCCUGCCCUGGUUGUGAGCAUGAUAUUGACCUGGGAGAGCGUGGAAUCAAUGGUUUGUUUCGAAAUUUCACUUUGGAAACGAUUGUGGAAAGAUACCGACAGGCAGCUAGGGCAGCUACAGCCAUUAUGUGUGACCUCUGCAAACCUCCACCUCAAGAAUCCACAAAAAGUUGCAUGGACUGCAGUGCAAGCUACUGUAAUGAAUGCUUCAAAAUUUAUCAUCCUUGGGGCACUGUAAAAGCUCAGCAUGAGUAUGUAGGCCCAACCACUAAUUUUAGACCUAAGAUUUUAAUGUGCCCAGAACAUGAAAUGGAAAGAGUAAACAUGUACUGUGAAUUAUGUAGAAGACCAGUUUGUCAUCUCUGUAAGUUGGGUGGUAAUCAUUCAAACCAUCGGGUAACUACCAUUAGCAGUGCCUAUAAAACCUUAAAGGAAAAGCUUUCAAAAGAUAUUGAUUACCUCAUUGGCAAGGAGAGCCAAGUUAGAAGCCAGAUAUCAGAACUGAACUUGCUAAUGAAAGAAACAGAGUGCAAUGGAGAGAGGGCUAAAGAAGAAGCAGCUUCACAUUUUAAUAAGCUCUUUGAAGUUCUAGAAGAGAAGAAGACCUCUAUUAUCAAAGCAAUUGAUGUUUCCAAGAAAUUAAGAUUAGACAAAUUCCAGGCACAAAUGGAAGAAUAUCAGGGACUUUUGGAAAAUAAUGGACUUGUAGGAUAUGCUCAAGAAGUGCUUAAAGAGACAGAUCAGUCUUGCUUUGUUCAAACAGCAAAACAGCUCCACCUCAGAAUCCAAAAAGCUACUGAGUCUUUGAAGACCUUCAGACCAGCAGCCCAAACGUCUUUUGAAGACUAUGUUGUUGAUGCUUCUAAACAAGAAGAGCUUCUUGGAGAAUUGGCUUUUUUCUCUAAUGGUGUAGAUAUACCAGAGAUCAAUGAAGAACAAAGCAAAAUAUAUAAUAAUGCCUUGAUAUGCUGGCAUCACUCUGAAAAGAAGAAUAAAGCUGAUAGUUAUAUUCUUGAAUAUCGAAAGAUUAGUAGAGAAGAAGAAAUGUUAACCUGGAGUGAGACAGAGGUUUAUAGUACCAGUAAAGUAAUUUCUGACCUUGAGAGUAACAGUAGCUAUGCCUUCAGAGUGAGAGGAUAUAAAGGUUCUGUCUGUAGUCCUUGCAGCAGAGAAGUGAUUCUCCAUACUCCUCCAGCUUCAGUUUUUAGUUUUCUCUUUGAUGAAAAAUGUGGAUAUAACAAUGAACAUCUGUUGUUGAAUCUGAAGAGAGACCGUGUGGACAGUAGAGCGGGAUUUUCUCUUCUGCUUGCUGCUGAGCGUGUCCACGUGGGUUGUUACACAAGUUUAGAUUAUAUCAUUGGAGACACAGGAAUAACCAAAGGAAAACACUUUUGGGCUUUACGUGUAGAGCCAUAUUCAUACAUGGUUAAAGUAGGAGUUGCUUCCAAUGAUAAACUACAAGAAUGGCUCCACAAUCCUCGUGAUAUAAGUAGUCCAAGAUAUGAGCAAGAUAGCGGUCAUGACAGUGGAAGUGAAGAUACCUGCUUUGACUCAUCACAGCCCUUUACAUUAGUUACUGUCGGCAUGAAGAAAUUUUUUGUCCCUAAGUCACCUACUUCUUCCAAUGAGCCAGAAAAUAGAGUUCUUCCCAUGCCAGCAUGUAUAGGAAUUUUCCUAGAUUAUGAUAAAGGCAAAGUUGGGUUCUAUGAUGCAGAUCACAUGAAAUGCCUUUAUGAGCGCCAAGUAGACUGUUCAGGUACAAUGUAUCCAGCAUUUGCAUUAAUGGGAAGUGGAGGAAUUCAGCUUGAAGAACCCAUCACAGCAAAGUAUCUGGAAUACCAAGAUAACCUGUAGUACAACGAGCUACCGAUGCUGCUUAGGAUGAGAAAUGUGAGCAAAAGGAUGCCUUAGCAUUAACAGUCAUAACUAAUUACAUAUCUCCUAAGUGCUUUUGCCAUGCUUGUUUUGUGUGUAUGUGUAUUUUCCUUAAAACACAGAAAACCAAAAUAGUUUUUUCUUCCAUCUUAAUUAUUCAGCAUUUCUUUGUGAUGGAGUUAAGGGCAUUUUUCCUCAAGUUACUACUGAACUAGUUGGUUAGCAACAAAUUUUCUUUGAUGAGUGUCUUCGUGAGUUGGAAAUAUGUAAUUUAUCAACUAGCAACUUUCAUCUUUAUUUUUUUAUACAAAAGAGAUCCCAUUUUAUGGAAUACUUAUGUUUGCUUUUCAUAUUUUAAAUCAUGUUUAUGUCCUAAGAAAGAUUAUUUUAAAAAAUAAUUUAUGAAGUGAAUGAGUGUUCAAAGGUGUUUCUUGUAUUUGUCUUUAAUAGGAAAAUAAAAUUUGUAGACAAAUAAUGGACAAGGAGAAUAAAAAUGAUGGUAACAUACAGAAAUGGGAGAGAAUGUAUUUUAAAAUAUAUUCUAAACUACUAUUAAUAUAUGAUGAUAGUACUUGUUAAACAUGUUUACUAUACCUAAUUUAAAAAAAACCAAAUCCUCCAUAUUACAUAUAAAAAAGUAAUAUUUUAAAGAUUUACUUUCCCUUCUAGAAAUAGAAACUGUCAUUUCCUAAACACCCCACCUAUGGAAAUGUAACAAACUUGGUUUCUUGUUGGACAUAUUGAAAUUUAUUCAUAAAUGGAUAUUUUUUAGUCUUUGUAAUCCUUCACAACAAUUUAAAAUAAUUCUAAUUUAUGUUCUCAUUUAGGCAAACACUAUAAAUUUGGGGGGGGAAUGAGUUGAACUUGUUUUCAAUAUGAUAUUUAAAUGAGAUAUUUACUCUUUUGCCCUUAUGAUAUUUUGAUUAUUUCAUUUUAUUUCGUAUGCCUAAUCAGUUUAUACUGGUUUGCAGGUUUGAAAGAUUCCUGCACAGGUACUUUUUAUGAGUUUAUCUUUAAUAGAAUUAAAAAUAUUCUAAAACAUGAAAUAAUAGCUGAUGGUAAUUGGCAUUUUUUGUAUUAUUACUUGGUGUGAAUAAUAGACUUUUUGCAAAAUAAACAAGUAGAAGUAAAUGUUUGGAAUCACAACUGAAGUAGAGCAUAUUUACUAUAUUGAUGCACUUUUAUUAAUGGUUAGAGGAAGUUAAUUGUAAAUGGAACAUUUAGACUGCAAACCCAUUGUAUGCCUGGGCUUCAUGUUCAAUUUUAAAGGAUGUGGCUACAUGGUUAUAUAGGAAGGAAUAUAGAUAUAUAGGAACUGGUCUUUUGAUUUCAUUAAUGUAGGGUAUCCCUAGCUAAUACAGUUCCCUUGACUAAUGUAAAUGGGUACCUUCCCUGCAACUUUACUGUCUUAAGACUUGAGUUGAUUGUCUACAGCACUAAGAGGUUAAGUAACUUGCUCAGGGUCACACUGUCAGAAAGAGAGUCAGAAAGUGAACCCAGAUUUUUCUGACUUCAAGAGCUGGCUCUUUAUCCACUAGACCAUGCUGCCUAUCAUUUUUAUUAUCUAGUUUCUAUAUUGUUGCUUCUUUAAGAUUAGAUAAUUAUGGAUACUAAAGUCUUGUCCCUUUAUUGAGUUGGAUGACAUUAUAAUGCUUUUCGGCUCAUUUAAUGGAAUACUCAAGCUUAUUAUUUUUUCAAGUUUUAAACUGAAAAAGCAAGUUAAUGUGUUUUUACAAAUACAAUUCAUUGUUCAAUUGGAGUACACUGUGGCCCAGAAGAAAUUCAGUAUUCAGUAAUAUUUCCUUACUUUACCUGAUAAUAGCACUUUAUAACUUAGGCUAAAUUUUAAAAUGUAUGGUGUUAUGUGGAUUGCUGUACAAUAAAAUUGCUAAACUGUCUUGUGUCAACGACUACAGAUUAAAUCUCUCAAACCUU